UUGGGAACCACAUUGUUUGUGCAUGCUUUAGUCUAAACUUUAUUAUUCAGUUUACUUUAUUGAUUGUUUCUGAUUACGAUUUAGUAACAUUUUAGUGGUAGCUUUCAUGUCUGAAGAUGGCAUGGCGAUUCAAGGUAUCAAAAUACAAGAAUGCUGCUCCCAAGAUUCCAAAGAAAGAGGAAUGGAUUUCAGACAUACCUGUUGGGUCUCUGAUGCAGUCAAGUGGAAAUUACAUUAAAGCCAGCUGUUCAUACAUAGCAUUUAAUGUUGACUCUGCAGGUGGAGGGAAUCUUGGUAUUGUACCACUAACAGACUCGGGACGCAAAUCUAACUGUGUUCCUCUACUGAAUGCACAUUCCGAUUUUGUAACAGACUUUGACUUUUCACCAUUCAAUGACUACUUGUUAGCAACUGGUUCCCAAGACAACACAGUCAAGUUAUGGUUGUUACCAGAAGACUCGUCUUUCAGCAGUUUUUCUGAUGCAUCUGUGUGUCUUCCAGCUGAGGACAGACGGAUAGAAAAUGUCUUGUGGAAUCCUGUUGCAGACGGCAUCGUGGCUGUGUCUACCAAUAAGACUGUUAAAAUAUACGAUAUUGUAAACCAGGCAGCCAAGUUUGUUCUGGAGGAUCACGGAGAUUUGGUUCAGAGUAUUUCAUGGCGAGGUAAUGGAUCAGAGUUGGCUACGUCCUGUAAAGACAAGAAACUGAGAAUCUUUGAUCCACGGACCAGCACAAAAGCUGCUCAAGAGACAAAGGGACACCAGAACAUUAAGGAUUCCAGAGUUUUGUGGAUGGGGAACAAGGAUCUUAUCAUGUCAACUGGAUUCAACCAGAUGAGAAGUCGUUGCAUUGGAUUGUGGGAUAGCAGAAAAUUUUCUUCAUGUUUAUCAACUGUUUCUAUGGAUUCAUCAACUGGAAUUUUGAUGCCAUUUUAUGAUGAAGACACAAAUAUGGUUUUUAUUGUGGGGAAAGGGGACAGUAAUGUGAAAUUUAUGGAGCUCACAGAGAGUGACCCUUAUCUUACUGAUGGGUCCUGUGAGACUAUAGAGCAAGUGAAGGGAGCAGCGAUUGUUCCAAAACGUGCGAUGGAUGUGAUGAGUGGGGAGGUGAAUCGUCUUCUGCUGCUAGUCCAGAAUGCCAUUAUACCAGCUUCGUACAUCGUACCACGCAAGUCGUACAGAGAUUACCACGACGACCUGUUUCCAGACACAGCAUCUGGUGAACCCGCUCUCACUGCCAGCCAGUGGUGCAGUGGAGAAAAUGGAGAGGUUUCCAAGAUUAGUUUAAAUCCUGCUAGUCAUCCAAAGUCUAAAAACCGACGAGGUGCUCUGCUGGGAAUGACAAGUAAAAUGCCACAGAAAAUACAGAUUGACACAAGUGGAUCAGGGGACAGCAACUUAACACAGAAGUCUAAACCCAAGGUGGCUGCCUCAAAACCAGAUCAACAUUCAACUUCUCAUGUUCAGAACGGUAACCAGUCUAGUGUUGGAAAAGACUUGAAUAGCUAUAAACCAGCUAACGGAGUUGAAAAUGGCUCCAGGUUGAGCUCAUCGGAAAAGGAAUCGAGUGUUAAGGACAAGAUGAAAGGUCUCUCGGUAGAGCAGAACACAUCUCACAAGCAGGAAACUCCAGCCCCACAGCAUGUGGUGAAGAAAUUCACAGGUAUCCGACAGUCUAAAUUCCGUCACCUACAUGGUAAGUGCCUUCAUCGAAGUCUUCACAUAGAGAAUAUUAAGAAUUUAUGCAAGACGGUUCCUGGGGAAAGUGACAUGUUUUGUGCUAACAGACAGCGGUGUGCGGUUCCAAUAGAGGGCUCUGGUGGACUUAUAUCAGUACUAGAGCUGGACAAACCUGGCAGACUGCCAGAAACGGACAUUCCAUAUCUACAACAUGGCAGCAAGGUCCAGGACUUAACCUGGGACCCGUUUGAUGACUACAGGAUCGUGGUGGCAUGUGAUAAUGCUACCAUUCACAUAUGGCAGCUUCCUGAUGUUGGCCCGUCUACACUUGUUAAUUCAGAUGGUGUUUUGAAAGGACAUACGGAGAAGAUCUACUUUGUUGUGUAUCACCCGCUGGCUAAAGAUGUCCUAGUGUCGGGCUCCUAUGAUAUGACCAUCAGGAUCUGGGAUCUCACUGACGGGCAGGAGAAGAUCCAGCUACAGGGGCACACAGAUGCUCCAUUCUGCUUUGCCUGGAGUCCUGAUGGAAAUCAGUGUGCCACUGUUUGUAAAGAUGGUAAAAUACGAAUAUUUGAACCCAGAACGAGCCCACGGCCACUUAAGGAGGGACCUGGUCCAGAAGGAAGUCGCGGUGCUCGUGUUGUGUGGGUGCUUAACGGCCAGUAUCUGUUUGUGUCAGGAUUUAACAAAAUGAGCACCCGUCAGUUAUCUCUUCACCGUGUGGCAGACCUGAGUUCACCACUAACUGUAGUUGACAUGGAUGUGAAUCCCUCCAUAUUGAUACCUCACUACGACGAGGACAGUUCUACCGUGUUCCUCACAGGAAGGGGUGAUGGCGUGGUGUCGAUGUACGAAGUGAGAGACGAGGAACCGUUCUUGUUCCCCCUGACCAUGUACAAGCCAGACGGUCUCAUCCAGGCCCUGUCCUUCCUGCCCAAGUGUGUGUGUGACGUCAGGCAGGUGGAGUUCGCCAGGGCCUGGAUGCUCACCAUGACAACCGUCGAGCCCAUAUCAUUCACUGUCCCAAGAGUUAAGACUGAGUACUUCCAAGAUGACCUGUUCCCUGACACAAAGGUGACCUGGGAACCGGUUAUGACCAGUACGGAGUGGUUUUCUGGAGUUAAUCGAGAGCAGAGGAAGAUCAGUGUUAGACCAGCUGAUAUGAAACUCUUGAGUGAAGCACCUGUUGAAGCCCCUAAACCGAAGAAGUUCGAAAGUUACAAUCCGGACACCUACAAAACUGACGACCAGAAGAAAGAGGAGCUCCUGAGUGCCAUUGACAAGAAGCUGGACCACAGUGACAAACCUCUACCACAGGACCUCACCGAGGGUGUUGACGAUGACGAGUGGGAUGACUGAACGUAGUGAUUGAACGAUAACACAUGGCUUUGCAGUCUUAACACUGUCAGGAUGAACGAUUCCAAGUACAUGUACCUUCCAGCCAAUCAGAAGAUGCACAUGAACGAUUCCAAGUACCUUCCAGCCAAUCAGAAGAUGGACAUGAUCUAACGAUUUUAAUUAUUACAUAUCGACAUGGAUGCAUUUUGUAUAAUUACGUAUUGAUAUUUCCUCACGUUUUUAGGGGUAAAAUAAUUCAGACACCUCUGAUGGUUAAAAUUCCAAACAUAUACUGCUGACAGUUUCUAUCAUUCCUUGUUGUCCUAUAUCAGUGAUCGAUGUUGAUAAAGUCUAUACAAUGCCAUUCAUUAUCUUCAACAUUUAUCAUAUAUGUUUAUUGGUAUGAUUCAGUUAAAAUACAUUUUCCAGAACAAAAUAUUUUAUUACAUUUACUGUAAAUUUUUAGAAUUAUAUUUUUUUCUAAAUGGUGUUUUUGUGAAAAUUUGUGUCAUUAAAUUUGGUAGUUGAAAUAAUCUAUGCAUGCAAAAUAGAAUGUCCUGCAUUCAGAUGUGAUUUUUAAACCAAUAACCAACAAAAUAUGAUAGGCAUCAAAGACAACAAAGAUAAAUGUUUUCUUAUUAGAAUCUACAUUAAUUUAAGGCUUUUUAAAGAUGACUACUUAAAUACAUAUGAAUUAAAGGUACAGCUUAAAUAUGGUAAAUAAUGAAUUAUAAUUUUGACUUGAUUGCUUGAACCGAGUCUCAUAACAGACAAACUAUAAUGGGGGGAAUAUUCCAUAAAGUAAAAAAAAAGAAGAAAAACAUUAAUAGCAUUUCAGCUGGGACCAGUUAAUGGCUUUAAAUUUGUUUUUGUUUUUUAAACCUGUGUAAAGGUCUGUUUGUUUAAAAUUUAAAACUAACUUGAUUCAAGUGUAGAACAUGUGAUUGUGUGUGUACACUGAGAACCAUUUUUAUUCAAUGCAUUUUCUUUGUGUUCUGCAUAUACAGGCAUCGAAAUAAGUCGAGAAAGGUCGUUCAGGUUACUGGGAGGUUACCACAUGUAAAAAAAAAGUCGAGAAUGGUGUUUCGUUCUCGACAAAAAUUUCAACGUUUCGGUAGUUUCAUUUCCAAACGUAAACCAGGCAAUGUAUUCCGGACUUCCGCGUUUCAUUUUCUAGUAAGGAAUUGCAUCGAUGUUCGCGCGCACUUGUGCAAUUGCAAGCAAUUAUAGUCAUUCCGCAUUUAAGCAGCGCCCACUAGAUAAAUUUACUUCCGGAUUUUGUUUCUCGUACCGAUGUUCGUGCGCACCGAUACAAUUUCAAAACAUAAAAUAAUCAUCUGGCAUACAUGUAAGGGUGUUAAAAAGUAGUAGUAACAGGAAUUCAAAUCUAACUAUCAUGUAGUUGUGAUAACCUAUAGGUUACUAGGCUAUAUUUUGUGGUAACCUGUAAAUGGGUUACCAGACACCAUGCUUAUUUCGAUGCCUGCAUACAGUGAAACUUUUUAUAGGGGUUAGCCAAGGUAUUUACAUGUACAUGUAUGUUAUUAUGUUAUCAAUGUCAUAGGUUUAACUGUUCUGUUAUUUUGUUAUCCCUUAGGUAAACUAAGGUAAUUAUUAAAACUGUCCAUGCUUUGAGUUUGAUAGUUUCUUCUAUAUACAUGUGUGUGUGUCUUAAUGCACUUGAUUUUACUUGUCUUUGCUAAUUAAUGGGUUCAGUCAAUUGUAAAUAUUUAUUGUGAAUAAGUAUUAUCUCAAAAACAGGGAAAUGUUUAAAUUGAGAUUAUUAUAAAAAAUGGUGAUCAACCUUUCAUAUGUCCAAAUUAUCUUCUUCAGAGUUUGUACUUUUUUGUAUUUUUUCCCAUUUACUUCUAUUACAGGUACACUUAGAAGAAAGGUUAUUAUUAUAAAAUUAAUAUAUAUUCUGUUUUUUGAAACAUAAAAUGUAAUAUUUUUAAUAAAUACUUACAUUGAUGUUAUUGUAAUUAUGAAUAUUAUCAUAUUGUGUCAGAACAAUGUUUUGGUUUUAAAUAGUUGAAAUUGAUUAUAGAACAACUUGCCAUUUACAUUUGAUCAGUAUAAAAAUUAUAUUUAGUCUAAAUGGAUUUAACAAUUUUUUUUUAAUUUCUACUGUGUAGAAUGAAUUACUGUUGAAUUGUUGCAACAUUUGAUCCAGGGUGGGUGAAAACAGCAGUUAAGAUAAAUGUGCUAUACAAGUGUAGCAUUAACUUAUUACUAGAUGUUAUUAUUAGAUGUAAUAUACUCAGGUUCUUCAAGUAUGGCCAUAAUAUUACGGUAUGACAGGUACAUUUUAAUUCAGGUCUCUUGUCAAUUGUUUUUUAGACAAAGGUCACAAUACUUGAUGAAUGAAAGCCCUGUUUUUUUUUUUUUUAAACAUUUACCGGGUAUGUGGAUGUUGACAUGAAUACGAUAGUUGUGUCAUAAAUAGACUGAUUUUCAUUUUCAAUUUUUAUUUUAAUAAUGGUCUUUUUCAUAUCUAAAUAUAGACAUAUUUUCAGUUUUACUAACUGCUCAUGUUUCAUAAAAAAAAAUUGUUAACAUAUAUUAAUUUUAACAGCAAAUGUGGUUGUAUUGAAAGUUAGCCUAAUUUUUUUCCUGAAAAGGAUUAGCAGGUAUUUAUUUUAAUAUAAAAUAUUUUUGAAAAUGAAAGCAAGCUUCUGUUUUUCAUGAAAAGGAAUAUUUAUUUUUAACAUAAAUUUAAUUUAAUUUUCAAUUUUUUUUAAUGUUAAACUGAAUAGACAUUUUCAUUAAAAAACCAUUAGGUGUUAAAACUAAUAAACUAACUGUGCUGCUUUCGCCAUGCUUUGUUUGUCACUGCUGUUUUUAAUUCACCGCUACACACCAGUAUUACACAUAGUAGGAUAAUAGUUGUAUACUAGUAUGACAAUCCUUUCUUUGGAAAAGUUUUAUAAUUAUUAUUCCAAAAUAUCUAAGCUCAUAUUAAAGGCGCAGACCCUAGUUUCAACUUGUAUACAUAGACACUAAGUUUAGUUAAUCUACAAACCUUUAAUACAUUUGGAUAACGUUA